GUUCCAGAAAAUGGCAACGCCAUAACUGUUGUGCAGUGAACAUCACCCCCAUCCACCCGAGAGCCUCCGCUCGCUCCCCCCAAACACUGACCAACUGUAACCUUUUACCCACAGAGCUCGCCAGUGGGGAGGCCGUGCGGGGCGCAGCAUCGGCGGCCAUUCGCAGACUGGUGAGGUGGCAGAAUGGGCCCUCGCCUGGUCCCCGCGUGCCUAUUGGCUGCGGGCUGGGUGGUGGGCGGAGCCGCUGACAAUGAACGCGCUCCGGACACAUGUUUACAUUGAGAGAGGCGAAGAAUCGAGCCGGACGCGGUCUUCGAGCACACGCACCCGAAACAGACAGAACUUUUAGCAUAGCUUUUAUUUUUUAUUAUUAUUAUUAUUUUUUUUUUUUUUUGCGGACAUGGGGCACUUCAUCAUGUGAAGACUAACACCACGGAGUGGCGUGUGACAUGUCAGACAUGCAAAAAAAAAAAGGUUGCUAGCGUUCCUUUCUGGCUUCCACCGUUCCACUCAAGGUUCUUCGUGACGAGGACGGCUGUUGUUAUCUGAAAGGGCAAAGUUUGGCAGUCUCCAAUGCGACGGGAGAAGUGACAUCCUGCCAGUUUUUUCAGCAAAAUUUGGUGGCUUUUUGCGCGUGAUGGCGUCCGCGGUGUCACCUGUACCCGGUGGCAUUUUUUCCCCCUCGCCGCCCCCACCUCUGGACUUCGCCCUGGGCGCCUUGGCCUGCUGCGCGGCCUGCGUCUUCACCAACCCUCUAGAAGUGGUAAAGACCCGCUUGCAGCUCCAGGGAGAGCUGCGGGCGCGGGGCACCUACCAGAGGCACUACCGCGGGGUCCUCCAGGCCUUGUGGGUGGUGGGCCGCGCAGACGGGCUCCGGGGACUUCAGAAGGGGCUCUCGGUCGGUUUGAUCUACCAGGGCGUGAUGAACGGUGUGAGGCUGGGCUCCUAUUCUUACUGCGAGACUCUGGGCAUCACGUCGUACCACGGAGGAAGUGUCCUGUCGGGGGCGGGGGCCGGGGCGCUUGGGGCAUUCAUUGCCUCGCCUGCCUACCUGGUGAAGACACAUCUGCAGGCUCAAACAGUAGAAGCAAUAGCUGUGGGCCAUCAGCAUAACCACGUGGGAGUGUCUGAUGCCUUUGUCACCAUCUAUAGAAAAGAGGGCUUCAUUGGACUCUGGAGAGGCGUGAACGGGGCCGUGCCUCGCGUCAUGGUCGGUUCCGCCACUCAACUGGCAACCUUCACCUCGGCCAAGGAGCGGGUGUUACAUUCCCAGUGGUUCGGUCCCGGAGCCAACUGGCUUGUGGCUCUGAUCGCGGCCAGCAUCAGCGGAGUCGCCGUGGCCGUCACCAUGACGCCCUUUGAUGUCAUCAGUACGCGGCUCUACAACCAGCCGGUGGAUGAGUUCCACAGGGGACGCCUCUACAACGGGUUUUCAGACUGCACGCUGAAGGUCUGUCGAGCCGAAGGCCUGCUCGGUCUGUACAAAGGCAUGGGCCCGGUGUUUCUGCGCUUGGCUCCGCACACGGUCCUCAGCAUGCUCUUCUGGGAUCUGAUGAGGCAACACGCCGUGCAAAGCAGGCAGACGCAAGGGCAGGGAUGAAUCCAGCUCCCCAAAAAACAUGCGCGCCGAGCGUUGCGACAUCGUCGAGACGAUGAACUUCGAACUCACAACACGCGUCAGAACAAGGAAGGAUUGACAAAGAACUGCUCAACCAACAACGAACUGGCAAAUCCUUGAAGUGUGGGGAUGUGUUUUGUGGCCACUGAAUGUUAAAAAAAUGAAUAGUAAUAUAGUUGUAGCACUCUUGAAGUUAUUUAUACACUGCCCAAAUUUCAUCUUGAAGUCAUUUUUUUUUUUUAAAUAUCUUUCAGCCGGAAAUGCCGCAAAGUAUCAAACGACUUAAAGACCCCGUAAAGUGAGUUCAGAGGUCUGUUUCUGAAGAAUUUACACAUGUAAAGAUAACAGUUUGAAAAUGUUCAAAGACUUGUGUUGAUUUACUGUUAAACGGCUUUUUUCCCCCCAACAUUUCAGAUUUCGUGCAUUUUUAAUGACGUACUUGAGCGCCUUUAUUUGCAUCUACGAUUAUAUGACACAAUUGUGACGUGCCGUUAGCUAGCUAGCUAAGCUACGCCAAGACCCCCAAAAUACAUUUUUCCUUCUGAUGCUCCACCACCGCGACUUUUUCAGAGCGCCUCGUUGGCUGUGAGUCUGCUCACGUCACGCAGAGAAUGAAGGAAAGUAAAUAAAUCCAACUUGUCAGCCAAUUACUGGACAGGCGCUUUAGAGCGCCUCGUUGUCGUGGUUUUGGAUAGCGUCGGGAUGACCUGAUGAGAUUUAUUCCAGCCACUGGAGGCUUGAGCGCCUCAAAUGUGUAUUUACGUGUAAGAUUUAAGAAAACUUUCUAGCAGCACGCUAGAGAUGUGGAAUUUGAUUGACGGUUGUGGGGGCGUGGUUUCAGCACAUUCUGCAGACACGCCCACAUUAUUUGAGAGAUGACACAAUGGCUUGUUUUUUUUACAAUUUCAAAAGAAUCUGGACAACCUCUGGGGAGUUAUAAUCGCAUCUAAUUUCAAAUCUAAUAUGAUUCUAACUAUAUUGUACAUCACAGGUGUCAAACUCAAGGCCCGGGGGCCAGACCCGGCCCGCCACAUGAUUUUGUGUGGCCCGCGAAGGCACAACUGAUCAACUGUCAUGAUUUUUGUUAAAAUCUGUACCAAAAUUUAAAAUUUUCAUCAUAAAUGAGGUGGCACGAUGGAUCAGCCGGUAAAGCGUUGGCCUCACAGUUCUGAGGUCCCACGUUCGAUCCCGGCCCCGCCUGUGUGGAGUUUGCAUGUACUCCCCGUGCCUGUGUGGGUUUUCUCCGGGCACUCCAGUUUCCUCCCACAUUACAAAAACAUGUAACAUUAAUUUGGACACUCUAAAUUGCCCCAAGGUGUGAUUGAGAGUGCGGCUGUUUGUCUCCAUGUGCCCUGCGAUUGGUCGGCGACCAGUUCAGGCUGUACCACGCCUCCUGCCCGUUGAGAGCUGGGAUAGGCUCCAGCUCUCCUGCCACCCUUGUGAGGAUAAGUGGCAAAGAAAAUGGAUGGAUGGAUACUACAGUGAGGAAAAUAAGUAUUGAACACCCUGCAAUUUUACAAACUCCCCCACUUUGAAAUUAUGGAGAGGUCUGAAUUUGAUAACGUUGAGCUAUUACAAACAUUUUUGUGUUACCAAACAAAAAUAGUUGAAAAUUCCAUGACUCUCGAUUUCUGAUUCCAAAAGGAGUUCAUAAAUUUCAUAUGUAAAAUUGAUGAGAUUUUUUAUGGUUUCACAGUCAUAACGGCUCUCCGAGGGGAACCGUAUGUAAAAUUUGGCCCUGCGACCAAAAUGAGUUUGAUACUCGUGUUGUACGUGAUCGAGUAUCGAAUUAAUUUGUAUUGCCAAAGGUUAAGAUAUUCACUUUAACUCGAAAUGUGUCUAGAUUUUAAAUAGCUUAAGGAACAAAUGCAUUUUAUUCCGAAAGUACAUUUAAAAAAAAAAAAAAAACUACUUGAGGAAAUAUGAUUUUAAUGGCUCUGUCUGUGCUGUAAAUAAAGUGAUGUGUUUUCUGUCUUAACUAACAUUUCACGCGUGUUCCA